UCGCACAAACAAAUAAAACAUUCAAUCAAAUCAAAAUAAAAUCCAAAAUCCAACCAAAUCGUAAAAUAUUUAUAUAUAUUUCAAAAAAAGAUCUAUAUAUAUAUUCCAAUAAAACCAAGCAAGCAGGAGGAAUUUCCUCGACGUGUGCAAAAAGUCACAGCUGUAACAACAACAACAACAACAAAACACACACAGUAUGUCUGGUAGAAUUCUGGAAGACUCGCCCAAUGCGCGCAUCAACAAGACCAUUCUGGAUCGCUAUCUCUCGCUGCCGCUGCAGGAGAAUGUCGUCCAAGCCACCUAUGUGUGGAUCGAUGGCACCGGCGAGGAUCUGCGCUGCAAGGAUCGCACGCUAGACUUCAUACCGCAAAGUCCAAGCGAGCUGCCUGUUUGGAAUUACGAUGGCAGCUCAUGCUAUCAGGCAGAGGGCAGCAACUCGGACACAUAUCUAUAUCCGGUUGCCAUCUAUAAGGACCCCUUCCGUCGUGGCAACAACAUUUUGGUCAUGUGCGACACCUACAAGUUCGACGGCACCCCCACCGAAACGAACAAGCGCAAGACCUGUCUUGAGGUGUGCGACAAGGUUAAGGAUGAGGUGCCAUGGUUUGGCAUUGAACAGGAGUACACAUUCCUCGACUUUGACGGCUAUCCAUUGGGCUGGCCCAAGAAUGGUUUCCCCGGACCCCAGGGACCCUAUUAUUGCGGUGUUGGCGCCAACAAGGUCUAUGCUCGCGACAUUGUGGAUGCGCAUUAUCGCGCCUGCCUCUAUGCUGGCAUUAAGAUUUCCGGCACCAAUGCCGAGGUGAUGCCCGCCCAAUGGGAAUUCCAGGUUGGUCCAUGCGAGGGUAUCUCGAUUGGCGACGACUUGUGGAUGGCUCGCUUCCUGUUGCAUCGCAUUUCGGAAGAGUUUGGCAUUGUGGCCACCCUUGACCCCAAGCCCAUGCCGGGUGACUGGAACGGCGCCGGUGCCCACACCAAUGUCUCGACAGAGAGCAUGCGCAAAAAUGGCGGCAUCCGGGACAUUGAGAAGGCCGUGGCCAAGCUAUCCAAGUGCCAUGAGCGUCACAUUCGCGCCUACGAUCCCAAACAGGGCCAGGACAAUGCACGUCGUCUGACCGGCAAGCACGAGACGAGCUCUAUUAACGAUUUUAGCGCUGGAAUUGCGAAUCGUGGCUGCAGCAUACGCAUUCCCCGUGGCGUCAACGAUGACGGCAAGGGCUACUUCGAGGAUCGCCGUCCCAGCUCCAAUUGCGAUCCCUAUUCGGUGGUGGAGGCCAUUUUGCGCACCAUCUGCCUGGACGAGUAGAGGGGGCUGGAAUGUUGUUGUUUUUUUUUUUUUGCGGAUCUGGACCCAAAUCGAGAAAUGGCUUUAUUAUUAUACCUAUGCAUACCAUACCACAUACAUAACAAUCGAUGCGAGCAGCGGAACGAUUUAGUCAUAGCAGUCAGUCAUAGGCGUAGCCCCGGGCGAUCGCACAUUCUAUAUAUACCUAACGUAUUUCUUGUUCGAGUACAGUGUCAAAUGCAGAACUAAAGUUAAAGCUUUUUUUAAUUUUUUUUUGUUUUUUUUUUUUUGUUUUUGUUAUCAUUAUGUUGAAUAAGCAUUGUCUUGCUUUAUGUUAUUAGAGAAGAAAAAAAAAAUAGGCAACUUCAUGGCACCAAACGAUCAAUUUACCUCUAAGCAUAAAACAGCCGAUAAAGACAGGCAUCCCAUUCCCCAUUCCCCAUUUCCCCUAAACAUUUAACCCCAACUGCACGAACACACACAUCCUUGACCACGAACAAGCUCAAGCUCAAGCAAAGAAAGAAAGAAAGAAAGAAAGAAAGAAACGAUAUCCCUACAUAAGACAAUUAUAUAACUGUUAAUGAUAUUAAUUAAUUACAUUUAAACCUAUACUAUAUACUCUCUAGUUAAGUGAAUGCACCAAAAAGAAUAAAAAAAAAUUAUAAAACAUUUCGAAA